UGUGACGUUUGGAAGUGUUUGUUUGUGGACAUGAUCGUUUGGAUUUUUGUGGUGACUUCGUGACAUGUAAAGCUAUCAUAUUAGUAAUUACUUUAUUUUCAAAUCAAUACUUGGGAUACACAGUGCUUCUUGACUUGACAAUUGCUAUUGCCGCAGUGUCAAUCUCAAUCAAGAGUUUAAACGUCAUAGUUAAUAGGACCAAGUUAACCUACGAUAAGUUACUGUCCCCUUUCCUGUUACAUUGUUUUUAUUUUGUUGUCAGGUUAAGACUAUUCAUGCUAUAAGCUUUUUAUCCUUGGAUAAGAAUUGGUAUCUUAUUUUGUAACUGAAACGGACGCCAGCAACAGGUUUACUAGUUGAUUGAGGUUAAGAGAUAAGUGAUAUGGGACUGAAACAUCUGGUUUUAUUUGUCUGAUUUAAUGUUAAGCUGUAUAAUAAUAUCGUCUGUUCUGAGAGUACAAAAUAACAAACAGGUCAAAGACAGUGAAGGCCUCAUCAACUUCAGUAAGAUUAAAUCAUCUAGCUAGCCUAUGUAGGCCAAUGACAAGUCAUGUAAUUUCUAGAAUUAUUUAUUGAUAUAUCUAAUUCCAUUCCGAUUGCUAACGAUACAAAGUUUAAACUAAACAUGGCUGCUGUUAGCUAUGGUCGUUCUGGUGUCUUGGAGACACUAGUUCGAGGUCAAUGGUAUAGAGUAUACGUUUCUUUGGAGGAAGAUUAUCUAAGCAUAAGCUUAGACGAAAGCUACGAAAACUCAACAGCUUUAAAUGGAACUCUUAAUAACAAUAACAACAAUAACAACAACACAAUGGAGUCCUACGGAGGGUUAAUGGAUGGCGCCGAUGUUCCUGAAUCAGUUGCUAACCAAAAACGAAUAGUGAGGGUUGUGAAAUCUGAUAAUAAUGGACUUGGUAUCUCUAUUAAAGGCGGAAAGGAAAACAAAAUGCCCAUUCUCAUCUCAAAAAUCUUUAAAGGAAUGGCUGCAGAUCAGACUGAACAAUUGUAUGUUGGCGAUGCCAUUUUGUCGGUCAAUGGUGAAGAUUUACGUGAAGCUACCCAUGAUGAAGCAGUCAAAGCACUAAAGCGAGCAGGAAAAGUUGUAGAACUUGAAGUCGUCACCUCGUUGUAUGUUACAGUCAAGUACCUGCGGGAAGUCACCCCUUACUUCCGCAAGGCCAGCAUCAUCAGCGAGGUCGGGUGGGAGCUACAGAGGGGGUUCCUCAGCGGCGCUCCUCCUUCCCCCUCGCCGCACUCGCCCCAGCGCGCUGACACACGCUACCUGCCUCUACAGCUGUGCUUCCUCGUCAGGAACCUGCGCCAUCCGGACCCUGAGAACCGCACACUAGAGCUCCACUCGCCUGAUGGUGUCCACAGCUGUGUGCUGCGGGCCGCAGACAGCCAGGAGGCCGCAGUUUGGUUCAACGCUCUACAUUCCGCUCUACACGUCCUUACGACGCGAGCGCUCCACGAGGCCAACCGCAUCCUGGCAUCACUGGCUAUCGAGCUGCACCACAUCGGGUGGCUAGCUCGACGAACGUUACCUGAGCAGAAUGGCCGAGCCAGUUCCGAGAGCUCCGAGGAGCCAGAGGCUGGAGGCAGCUCCCGGUGGCAAACUGUGUUUGGAGCCGUAACUCAACGGGAGCUCCGCUUCUACGAGUCCGCUCCAUGGAGUGUGGAGGCUUGGAGUGCUCCACUGGAUACUUCGCCCCUCAUUUCUACCAGGUUGGUGAGCUCCAGCAAACAGACUGAUGUGAUCACAUUCUCCGUGCGUUGUGGUACACCUGAUGGGGUGGUUAUGCAGCAGUUGAGGGCGGAGACACAUAGAGAUCUUGCGACGUGGGCGAGAUGCAUUGUACAGGGCUGCCACAACAGUGUGCUGCUGCAGCGGGAACUGGCCUGCCGGUGUGUGUGGCAAGGGCAGCUCGCUCAGCUUGUGCUACACUAUGACGAUGGAUUCAGUCUGCUAGAGGCCCCGGGGCCCGGCAGACAACCCAAGGUAGUCUGGAGCUUCCCCUUCGAGAGGCUGAGGUCCUCUGCGGAUGACGGGGCUCGACUGCUCUGGCUCGACUUUGGUGCUGAUGAUGAGAUUGAACUCGAUUUAGAAGCUUGUCCAAAGCCUUUGGUUUUCAUCCUACACAACUUCUUGUCUGCCAAGAUACACAGGCUCGGCCUCUACGCGUGAGAGAAUCAAGUUAGAAGCUGAUUGGUCUGAGCUCUAGAUUCCGUCCUCAAGCCAUCUGGAACCGUUCUUCACUAAUUUGCUGUCAUUAAGAUUAAGACUUUGAACAUUCCUCAUUUUAGAGUUUGACUUUGUAAUUUAUUUGUGCUAUUUUGACAAGGCUACUACAGCUGAAUUUUUUAAACAAAUUUGUAUUAAGAUAAUUGAACAACCUCAUUGUCGUGUGGGGUUGACAAUUGCUCAUAUCUGAGUACAUUUAUUGUCUAACAAAUGUACAAUGUUGGUAAUGGUGAACUGUAGCUUUAUUUAAAUCUGGCAAACUAUAUAAAGGAUGUCCUUGAACUCUCUUAUAAUAUUGAUACGUUUUGCUGAGUAGGUCCAGACAAGCAUGUUUUGACAUAGGAGUGCAGAUUCAGUGGCCACACACUUUUUACCUUCCAUGUAACAGAAAACCUAAGUUCUUGUUAAAUCUAAUGUUAUGUAAUAAUCUAUACUUAUUUAAUACGCAAGCAGGAUUUUUGUGACAAUUACUCCUCCGAAACUACUGGAAACUACUGAACCGAUUGACAUGAUUUGGUGUCAUUGGAAAGAGCGUAAUGUGAAGUUGUGCAGGAAACUUUCUUUUUAUCAAAAUAAUUUUAGAGUGAGGCCCUGGGGCCCUUUAAAGUUUUGUAUUUCUCCAUAAGAUUAACAUGGGAAACAAAAAUUGUUAUGAAACUUCAGCUGUUGUCAGAAAUUAAAAGUGAGAAGAAAAACAUAUGUAAAUUGUAAACAGUCAAUAAGUUUGCUAAUUUAACAGUUUGCUACAAACAUUUACUGACUUAUGUGAACGGAAAUAUUUACUAUUUGAAUUUGGGUUGGUGUAAAUAUUACAAUGGAAAAAACGAGAGAGCCUGGAUAGUUUUAUGUACUACACUGUGUGCUGCAUUUAAUUCUUAGUAAUCAUUGAAAGAGCCGCUUUGGAAACUAUGUAAACAUAGGAGAGUCAUACAACACCACCAAGAAGAAUAAAUAGAAAUAAUGUUUUUUUUUUAUUUAUAAUCGUUAUUAUGGACAACCUAAUGCGGCUAUGAGUAAGGCUAUUUGUAGAAAACACUAAAAAACAAGACCAACUUUUGAAUAGUGAUCAGAUAUUUACAAGAAAUGUUGAUUAUAUCGAUUUGUUAUGUAAAUCUUGAGUAUUUCCAUAAUCUUUGAGUCGAAUCUUUUAAAGCCUUUAUAAAUUAUGGCUGUUAUUCGUUUUAAAAUAAUGCCUGUAAUACUUAGCAAUUGCUCGAAUUCGAGCAACAGGUACACUAGUAAGGAAUAAAUAUGUACUGUUUAUGUAAAUAUUUAAGUAAAAAUCUAAUCCAGACAAAUUGAAAUUCGCUUAGUCAUAGGUUCGCUGCAGUGGGGCUAUUUAUUAUUUGUUAAUAAUACCAAGGCAAAAAUGUGGUUCGGAUUCCACUAUAAACUUUAGGUCCCUUAGUUGCCAUUAGCUGUAUGGGCUAUUAAUUAACAGCUGUGUCUAAAGAAUAUGUGGGCCUUAGUCACUAACAAGACUACAAGAUCGCGCCACUCAUCCUACACUCAUCUCCAUUCAUACUUGGCUUAAAAUACCUACUUUGUAUGAUCACCAUUUCAUUGAAAAGUAUUUAAGUAAAUAGUAAAGUGUUAUUUUUUAUUAUAAAAUACGGGUUAUAAAAACUGAAGAUGGACGAUAAGCAAGACAUAAACUUUACAUUUGUACAGCAGAACGUGUUUGUUUUCACUUUAGGAACAAAACGUAAAAUUAUUGUCAGAGAGUUAUGGGACAAACUGUAUAUUAAUGAGAAACAAGAUCAUUGAUGUAAAUUACAAUGUGUUUAAAUUUCAUUGCUUUUUGAAUAUUACUAAUUAAAAGGAAUAAAAAUUUGUCAUAAUCUCUUGGACUGGAGUUCAAUUAAAACUCUUAAUUAUGUUUGGUGGAACCCACGCUUGAACAGAAGCUUAUUCAAGCAUUUUUUUAGUAAAAUUAUCUUCAUUCAAAUUUACCUGGAAAUGUACAAUUUUAAAUGUGUUACUUUUGGUGCUAUUAAAUAGGAGCUUUUUAAAGAAGUAAUGCUCAUUGUGUAAGAAUAAUUGCUUUAGUUUAUCAGAAAACAAGUUUUAAGCAUCGCUCAAUGUUUGAGAGAUUUUAAGAGAUUUAAUUUAAUUUAUUGUUUGAAGAAAACCUAUUAUGAGUAUUAUGUGACAAAAUAUUUGUUAAGUGACCUGAUUACUAACAAUGUAAGUACUAAUAGGGUUUUUUUUGUUACAAUAAAAUGAAAAACCUACUUGCUGUAUCCAAAGUUAACAAUUAAUUCUACAUGAGCUAUUUUCAACUAUUGUAGUUUUUCAUAAACAAUCACGUAACAGUCCAAUCCAAGAAUGACUUGAAAAUACACGAGCUCCGAAUGGUGCAAAUAUAGUACCUACCAGUAUAUCAGAGUGAGCAUUAAGAUGCAAAGAAAAAAAAUGUUUUGUGUUAUAAUCAACAACCCCUAAAGAUUUCCCUAGAAAGCAUUUUCUGCUCUCAAUCUACACUGGCUCUAUUUAAUCUCUUAUUCAUUUCCAGAGUCGGGUUUGUAUUUUUUAAACCAGCCAAAUAAAAGUUGUUUGAAAAUACCUCAGUAUUUAAUUGUAAAUAAUGUGUAACUUAAAAUACUAAUUUGUAAUAUAGAUAAAUUAUUUAUUUAUUGUAUAGCAGUUGCAGUGGCUCAUUCAAUCUAGUUUAGCCAUUAUAAUUUAACAUAUCGGAAAGCACACGGUAGUUGGUGCAACGCACAAUUAACCGAUAUUGUAAUCAUAUGGGCGGUGACUAGUAUUGUUGCAAGAAUGGCACUGAAGUUGAACUUGAAAUUAAAACACAUGAUUUAAAUUUUAAAUAUAUUCAUGCUUAAGUAUUUAAGAAUUAUUUGUUUUAUAUUUGUUUAUGACAUUUUAUUCCCGUUGCAGAUAAAAUGUGUAAUUAGGAAAUGUUGGGAUUGGUAAAUUUGUACAGGACCUAGGUGUUAAAAAAUGUAUCAUUAUUGAUAUACAUGUGUGUUUUUAUUAUUAAUAUUUUUAUGGCAAGUUUGAUUUGACUUUGUACAAAAAUAAGUAUUUUAAAAUUUUAAUAUUUACUUACCAUAACUUUCAAUAUAUUUAAGGAUUUUGUUUACGCAAUCUUUGAAUGGACUAACUGUUGCGUAACUAAGCUACACAAAAAAACCUGGGCUGUUUUCCCUGAGAACCCAUUUAAUUAUUAAAACUUUCAACCACAAACGCAACUUUUAACGUAUUACUACAAUAACUUGCCUUUAACUGAUAUUAUUGCAAUUGAGUCAAAUACCUGAUUUUAUCACCUGUUAUACGAGUUCACCUAACCUUAAAAUAGCCAUUAACAUGAAUUUUUUUCAAUUGUGUUCAAUCUCAUUAUAAAUCAUGCAUCAAGCAGCUAAGCCUGUCCCAAUGUAGAUAAGAUUGUAUAUUGAGGAGAUAGAUUUUAAUGUUAGUUUAUAAGUUUGUACUUUGAAGGUUGUAUAAUUUCAUUCAAACACACUCAUGGAUUGUUUUGUUUAGUCAUAUUUAGAAAGCUAUAUUUUUGUAAAUAACAGUUAUUUAAUUCAGUCAUUGAUUUAAAUUCAUGAAGCGUUUACUUGAACAUACUAUGUGAAUUUACUAUUGAACCUUGUUCGGUACCCCCUACUUAUAUGAAUUCAACCACAAAUUUGUAUCUAUUAAAGUGUUAGAAUACAAAUAGUGCUACUUUUUUGUGGUUAUGGUAAAAAAAUGGUGGUGGCUAUAAAUUGUACCCAAGGAUUAACAAAGAAAAUGGUGCACCGUGUUUAUUUAUUUUUUGUUUUAUCACUUUUUCGCACAAAUCAAUGUGACAUUGUACAUUUUAUAAGUUAUUUGCUAUAGAAGGCUUUUAUGACUUCUGACUAAAAACACUAAUGUUGUGCACAAAAUAUUUUGAAUUGAGUUUCUUUUUAGACACUUGUGUAUUUUUGUAACAGAUAUUUACAAUUUUUGUUUGCCAAACUUAAUUUGGAAAGGACUAAGUUUUAGCUCAUGUUAAUCCAUUUGCGGAAGAAAGAUAUUUGUGUGAAUCUUUAAUACAAAAGACGCUCUCUAAUCCGGCUUGUUCGGGACUUUGGCGUUGUUACUGAAUAUCUCCCAAAAACAGCCAUUAUAUGACUAACAAAAAUACUGCCAAUUUAAAAGCUUUUGCUGAUGGCUCCCAACAUCUUUUGGUUGCUACCGACGUCUGCCAAUCACUAUCGACUCUGGGUAAUGUGAUAUAGCUACAAAAUAUAUGACAGAAUUUUUAGACCUUUAGACCGAUCGGACCAUCAGAUGUCGGAAUAGGGGGCUUUUAUUGUACUUUGUUAGUACUGUAUUUCAAACUACUCAGCAGUGUGUGAUAAACAUACAAAAUAUUUUCUUUAUUUACUACCACUAAUGUGUCAGUAACGGCACAUUUGGAAUUUUCCUAUAAAUUUAUACAUGAUAAUUUAAAAUAAAAUUCUAUUGUGAAACAUCAUAAAACUGCUAAAACCCAGGCACAAACAUAAGCCAGAAAGGUUCGGCCACUGGGUCCCCCCUUCACAACUCUGUCCGUUAUCCGUUAUGAUGGGUUAUCAUCAGCUAUUACAAUUACAAAAAUACUCAAAUAUGUUUCGUCUCAAUAAGGCCUGCACCACUUGAUAUUCUUUGUUUUAAGAGAUCAGCCAAUAAUCAGUAAUUCAGUUGA